GGGCGCGCGCCCGCGUGCUUCCCCACCCGGAAGAGCCACCUGAGCGGCGAAGUUCCGCGGUGCGCGGCCUGGCGCUCAUCGUGAGCGCGGGUAGGGCCGAACCGCUCGCGUAGCGCCUAUUUAGCACUCUUGCGAGGCGGGCCCGCCGGAGCCUGCGCGCUCCCGCGGCCGGAGGAACCUCGAGCGAGAGGUCCCGCGUGCGCACCUUGCCCCGCCUCCACCGGCCACUUAGGGUCCCUGGGCCCGCAGCGCGACCCCAUCGCCAGGCCAGAGUUCUCUGCGCCCCUCCGAGUCGAGAGCAGGGCACCGCGGUUACUUCUGACACUGUAUGCGACGUUACCUACAUCCAAGAUGAAUAGUGACCAAAUUGCACUGGUUGGUCAAGUGUUUGAAUCAUAUGUUUCGGAAUACCAUAAGAAUGAUAUUCUUUUAAUCCUGAAGGAAAAAGAUGAAGAUGCUCAUUACCCAGUUGUGGUUAACGCCAUGACCCUUUUUGAGACCAACAUGGAAAUUGGGGAAUAUUUCAAUGCAUUCCCCAAUGAAGUGCUAACUGUUUUUGAUAGCUCACUGCGAAGGUCAGCCUUGACAAUUCUCGAGUCCCUUUCUCAGCCUGAGGGUGUCUCCAUGAAGCAGAAUCUUCAUGCCAGGAUAUCAGGUUUGCCUGUUUGUCCUGAGCUGGUGAGGGAGCACAUCCCUAAAACCAAGGAUGUGGGUCACUUUUUAUCUGUCACUGGGACAGUGAUUCGAACAAGUCUGGUGAAGAUCCUGGAGUUUGAACGGGAAUACAUAUGUAACAAAUGCAAGCAUGUGUUUAUGGUCAAGGCUGACUUUGAGCAAUAUUAUACCUUCUGCCGGCCGUCCUCAUGUCCCAGCUUGGAGAGCUGUAAUUCUUCCAAAUUCACUUGCCUCUCAGGCUUGUCUUCAUCUCCAACCAAGUGUAGAGAUUAUCAGGAAAUCAAAAUUCAGGAACAGGUUCAACGGCUGUCCGUUGGAAGUAUUCCACGAUCUAUGAAGGUUAUCCUAGAAAAUGACUUAGUAGACACUUGCAAAUCUGGUGAUGACCUCACCGUUUAUGGGGUCGUAAUGCAACGGUGGAAGCCCUUUCAGCAAGGUGUACGAUGUGAAGUGGAGAUAGUCCUGAAAGCCAACUAUGUGCAAGUAAAUAAUGAGCAGUCUGCAGGGAUCAUCCUGGAUGAGGAAGUCCGAAAGGAAUUUGAAGAUUUUUGGGAACACUACAAGAGUGAUCCCUUUGCAGGAAGGAAUGAAAUACUGGCCAGCUUAUGCCCCCAGGUUUUUGGGAUGUACCUAGUAAAGCUGGCUGUGGCCAUGGUGCUGGCUGGUGGGAUUCAGAGGACUGAUGCCACAGGAACACGAGUCAGAGGUGAAUCUCAUCUUUUAUUGGUUGGGGACCCUGGCACAGGGAAAUCUCAAUUUCUCAAAUAUGCAGCAAAGAUUACACCAAGAUCUGUGCUCACCACAGGAAUCGGAUCUACUAGUGCAGGCCUGACAGUAACUGCUGUAAAGGACUCGGGAGAAUGGAAUUUGGAGGCUGGGGCAUUAGUGCUUGCAGAUGCCGGCCUUUGCUGUAUCGAUGAAUUUAAUAGCCUCAAAGAGCAUGAUAGAACCAGUAUCCACGAAGCAAUGGAGCAGCAAACCAUAAGUGUUGCUAAGGCUGGCCUCGUGUGCAAGCUGAACACAAGGACCACCAUCCUGGCAGCAACUAACCCCAAAGGCCAGUACGACCCCCACGAGUCUGUGUCUGUGAACAUUGCCCUCGGCAGCCCACUCUUAAGUCGAUUUGACCUGAUCCUGGUUUUGCUUGAUACCAAGAAUGAAGACUGGGAUCGUAUAAUUUCUUCCUUUAUUUUAGAAAACAAAGGUUACCCAAGCAAAUCAGAGAAGCUCUGGAGCAUGGAAAAGAUGAAAACCUAUUUCUGCCUCAUUAGGAGUCUUCAGCCCACACUGUCUGAAGCGGGUAAUCAGGUUCUUCUCCGGUACUACCAGAUGCAGAGGCAGAGUGAUUCCCGGAACGCUGCCCGGACAACCAUCCGCCUGUUGGAGAGCUUGAUACGAUUAGCAGAAGCUCAUGCUCGCCUGAUGUUUCGUGACACUGUGACUCUGGAAGACGCUAUUACAGUGGUGUCCGUAAUGGAGUCCUCAAUGCAGGGAGGCGCGCUGCUGGGAGGUGUGAAUGCACUCCACACCUCCUUUCCUGAAAACCCUCUGGAGCAGUACCAGAGGCAGUGUGAACUUAUUCUAGAAAGACUUGAGCUGCACAACCUCCUGAGUGAAGAGCUAAGAAGACUUGAAAGGUUACAGAAUCAGAGUGUGUACCAAUCCCAGCCAAGGGCAGUGGAGGCAGAGUCUGCUCCAGGGUCCUCGAGAAAUGGUCCAGGGGAAGAGUCCAGAUUCAGAACGUCAACACAGCAAGAAGUGAAUUGUAGCACACGUACCUCUUGUACCGAAGGCAGUCCCAGGGGAAGCCCGCUUCUUGAUCCCCUACCUCAUGUGGGGCCUAAUAGACCAACAAGCAGAAAAUAUUCAGCUCAGCACAAAGGGGGCAGAGAUGAUGGUUUGGAUUGGUUUGACUCCAUGGAAACUCAUCAGAUUGAACCCCAAAACACUGUUCCUAUGUCUCCUGGUCUCAAAACAACUCGAGGGAAAAUGGCUUUGAAAAGCUUCAACAAAUCUCAGGGUAAGGAAAAGAGUGAGCCAGUCCAAAGGAGCAAAUUGGAAACUGGACAGCCUCCAGCACCAGGAGAGACAGAAGCUCCAUUGAGUCCAGAGAGUGUUGAAGGGAAAAAGGAAAAAAGGGCAACAGUAGUUGCUGCAACAACAGGAACUGCUAGAGAACCAGACUCAGUACUGACUCAUCAUGUCCCCAGGAAACUGCACCGGCUGCGCAAGGAGAGGGCCCAGGAACUGUGCAGAAAGCCCACCAGGGCGCCUUCCCAGCCCACAAGCCCUUCUCAUCCUUCAUCCACCCCUGUACAUAGCCCAGAAAGGAUGCUGGAAAGUCCCAGAAGAAAAAGACAGAAAUCUCUUCCUCAGGUGAAAGAGACUGAACCUGGAAGUGUUGAAAGUCUGGGUCCUCCUGUGGCCAAACUAGCAAAAUUUACUUUCAAACACAAGUCAAAACUUAUCCACUCCCCUGAAGGCUACAACCAUGUGUCUCCUCAUACAACUGACAUAGCAGUUCAGAGUCUGAAAAUUUCCCAGCAUGGAACCAGAGGAGAAGGAGCUCUGCUGGUGAAGGGUCCAGAAAAGUUGACCUCUGCCUCAGGAAACAGAAGCUCAGAGCAGCUGCGAGGGCGGGCAACACAGGUGUCACAGCAGCCACCAGAGGAAGACGAGUCAAGAGAGGAGAGGGAACGUGCCUCUGGAAAGAGAGUUAGGCAGCCUGAAUCUGAGCUUCGGAACAGGACUGGGCAUUUGCAUCCUACAUGUGAAAAAGACAAAAAGGAAGAGUUUUCAUGCAAUAAUAAAAGCAGCAAGGUUCAUGCUUGCACUUUAGCUAAAUUGGCCAACUUCUCCUUUACUUCCUCCUCUGAAUCUAAAUCAGAAUCCCUGCCUCCUCCUGAAAGUGAGAAUUGGCAAGAGAAAGGCCCAAGCUCUCCUCCCACGACCACAGCUACAAUGCUUGGCAGGAAAAGGAAAACUUUUCAGUUAGAGGGGUCAACUGAGAGAUUCAGUCUUUCAAAAAAAUCUCUCUUUGCUUUACCAGAACUAGAAGAUGAAUCAUUAGAUUUUGAUUGGGAUGAAGAAAUGAGAAAAAAGCCAUAAUCAUGAAAAGCUUGCUGGUCAAAUUCCAUCCUCCCCAACUCAACACAGCACCUUUAGGAUAUCACCAUGGUCUCUGUGUAUGUACAGAACUAUAGGCCGUAUCAAGUGUCCUUCCAAAAACCAGCUCCCCCGUCAGGUUUUGUUUAUCUUCAUGACUCAAAAAGUUGUUUAAUCAGUGUAGGUCAGUGCGAUGCUUGCACUUGAAUUAAUUGUGCUUAAUUUUGCAUAUGGAAUACUUGCAUUCCUGAAGAUGUUCCUGGUGGUUUUGUUUUUAAGGAGUGGGUCUUCCCAGGAUUCUGCCCUUCAUUCACUCAGGAACAAAUGUCAGGAAGGUAGCAAUCCUAGAGCUAACAAGUUAGAUGAAUUCUUCUAUUUCCCCUCGCCCUUUUUUUUUACUGCUGAUGUGUCAAGUGUGGUGAGUACUUAUGGUUUGACAAAAAAUCAUAUCAUUUUUCUAAUAUUGUUUUUUGUUUACUAUGUGUAAGAUUUAAGGUGACUAAUCCUUUUUUUUUUCUCGUUGAAAGGCACCCUUACAAUUGCAAUUGCACUCUAUUUCUAAAGAUCUGGCAAUUGGUCAAAUACUCCGAAGUCUCAACUUUUGGAGUUUUUGUUUCUUUCUCCAGCUUACAUUUUGUGCUUCAGAUCCUUUUUCUCUUCUGGGGCCCUCCCUUCAACACGAUUUCAGCCCUGUUGGAAGGAAAGAGAGUGUGCCGUGGUCUCAGUCAUGUAUCAUGGUCUCUACCCGAGUAGUUAAUAUGGAAAUGUGAUUCCUACUGUUAUGACUCAUGUGCCUUUUAAACCAAGCAAAUGACUGUGUGUGGUAGUAAAAGGCAGCUCAAGCUCUGUCUUUCUUUAAAUCACCCUUCCUUUGGAUUCUAGCAGGGACUCUUGAAUCCAUAAUUACAGGAUUUAUUUUUGGAAGUACGAAAUUAUAAGAAAACUUUACAUUCUUUCACUGAGAGACUUUUAGAUGUAAAGGGUGCUCAAAAUUAUAUGUACUUUGUGUAAUGACCAUUUCAUUAAAUUUAUACAGAAAACAUUAGGCACCCAAUUUUUUGAGCAUUUAUUUCAACACUAAUUGCAAAAUCAACUGAUUAAAUUUACUGAAAAGUUUUAAUCAUGAGUACAAAUUUAGUAUGGAUGAGUCUUUGGAAAUCUCUAAACACCUUAAACAACUGAUGAAAGACAUCAUUAGCAGUUUUUAUAAAAUUUAUUAUUGUGUGUUCACUUAUACCUAGUCUGAAACAUCAAGACUAUGGUUUUGAUAAUGUCUUUGUUAUUUCUGUACUUAAUAACUUCCUAGUGUAGUAUGAUUCUUAAUGUGGUAUAUUCCUAGUCUUUCAGCAUUAGUACUUUCCUGGGCUUCAGUAUUUUACUAAAACUAAAGGAAAGGGAAAGUAACUGGGUUACUGACCAAUAGUUGAUUCUUGAUCUGGACUUGGUCUAAUUGUGUAGACGAGGGAGUGAUUCAAACCUGAGCCACAGUGUCGAGCUGCCUUUCAAAUCCUUUUCUUAUAAAUUUUUGUUCUUGCAACUUGGUAUCUUGCGUAGUAAUGAUAUAUUAAGCUUUACAUGUUUGACAGUACAUAGCCUAUUAGCUUAUCAUUUACAGUAUUUUGAUCUCUUUUUGUUUGUCUUACUAUUUAAAAAUUCUUAAUUGGGAAUCUUGAUUUUAGAGCUUUUAUUUCUUAGUAAUGAGUGAUUUGGUUUAUGCAGUUAACUUGUCUCUUCAGGACAUUGAGUAAUUUAACUUUGAAAAUACAGUGCUGAAUUGUCUCUCUUAGUUGUUGUAUGAGACCACCAUGUCACCUUCUACCUGGUUAUUAUUUGUAUUCACCACGCAUCCUAUUAUUUGUGCUAGGAAAGCCACCCUAUUUUUUAUUCCAGUAACUUCUGCCAGGAUCAUUUGGGCAAGUCACAAGUUCCAUGUGCUUUCCCAGAUAAAAACAACUAUAUAUGCAAAUAUUAUAAACAGACAUAAUUACUAGAAGUAAUAAAAUACUCAGUGUGAACCCUCCCCUACAAACUAAAAAAUUAAACUUGUAUCACAGCCU